AUGGCUCCCUCCGCAGACAGACUGGGGUACUGGGGGCGGCCAACCUCAACGCUGGAUUGGUGUGAGGAGAAUUAUGUCGUCUCUUUCUACAUCGCAGAAUUCUGUAAGUACAUCUGACACUAUGGGUAUGGCUAAACUGGAGUUUUAGUAAACGAAAACGAAUGCAAUAAACACGGAUGAGGAUCCUUGCAGAAGGCCGUCUCGGGAAUAGGUAAACAUCAUGACAAUGAGCCUGGUGGUGACAUCGACAUUCCCGUACGCUCGCGUCAGCAACCUAUCUUUUAUUUUAAUAGGCCUACAACUAUAACUGAUACAUUUUAUCGGUGAUGUUUUAUACCGGUAAGUACGUUGCGUGUGCGAUGCCACGAUGCAGACCCGAUAAUGAGUCAGAACUUCAUUUGCAGCUGCAGCACCGCCCGUUCAAGUACCUUUGCUAUUACUUUAAUAGGCUAUCUAGCUAUAUCAAUGAGCUAGCUAUACACUGAUUCACGGCACAUUAAAGUCGCUACAAGACAUCUUCAGCUUAAUUCUGGGACAGCACAACAUGUUUCUAUUAAUGAUAAUUAACCUUAAGACUAAGAGCUCCAUUCCAAGAUGAAAGCCGGCUACUCGGCAUUCGUGAUUUGCUUUUGGAUACCUUUCUGAAUGAUACAUGAGAGUGAUAAAGGAUUAUGAGUGCAGCAGGCACUAGGCUUUCUGAGGAAACAACGCCCACUGACGUGUUAGGUCUGAACUGGCUGCAAAGGGCACUUCAUUACAUUUACGUCAUUUAGCAGACGCUCUUAUCUAGAGCGACUUACAGAGCCUGGAUUCGAACCAGGAUCUCUAGUGGCACAGCUAGCACUGCGAUGCAGUGCCUUAGACCACUGCGCCACUCGGGAGAUACUUCAUGAUCCACCAUUGUAUUUAAGGUGGAACUAUGUCAAGUGGGUCAUAGUUAAUUGUGUUGGACUACUGCUCUUUUACCUUUCUCUCUCUCUGACUCACACAUGACUCACAUUACACUGAGUGAUCCAACACCCCUUGUCUUCUCUCCUUCGGGAAGGUGAAAACACUGUAGCUCAGUUGGUAGAGCAUGGCGCUUGCAACGCCAGGGUUGUGGGUUCGAUGCCCACAGGGGGCCAGUAUGAACAAUGUAUGCACUCACUAACUGUAAGUCGCUCUGGAUAAGAGUGUCUGCUAAAUGACUAAAAUGUAAAUGAAUUUCACAUGCAUCAUAUGAAUAAAAAAGGCAUGGAACUGAUAACAGAACACUUACAUUGCUCUUAUAAAUAUGUAGUAACACUGUAUUACUUAAGUCACCAUGUAAAGUGUUACUGAUACACCACAGUCUGUUGCAACCUGGUCUCAGAGCAUUUUGUAUUAUUAUGUAAGUAAUGCAGAGAUGCUCCAUUUAGUAUGAUAUGUUAAGUUUCGUAUGGAAUGUAUUGUUUUGUGGAUGUCCAGCACCCAUUUCGUUUGAUAUGUUACGAAUUUGCAAAACAAACAAUAUGUUACAAAUUUGGAAAAUGUACUAUAUGUUAUGAAUUUGCAAAACAUAUGAUAUGUUACGAAUUCUAGCUAGGUGGCUAGGUGGCUAAUGUUAGCUAGCUGGCUAACGUUAGCUAGCUAGCUAAUGUUAGCUAGGCUAGGGGUUAAGGUUAGGGUUAAGUUUAGGAGUUAGGUUAAAGGGUUAGGGUUAGGGGAAGGGUUAUCUAAAAUGGUUAAGGUCAGGGUUAGGGGAAUGGUUAGCUAACAUGCUAAGUAGUUGCAAAGUAGCAAUAAAUUAGUAAGUAGUUAAAAAGUUGCUAAUUAGCUAAAAUUGUCCGUGAUGAGAUUCGAACUUGCAACCUUUGGGUUUCUAGACAUUCGCAUUAUACACCCAUUCAUCCACCCUGACCAACUACCCUACUUAAAUUUUUUGCCUUAAGUAACCAUGUCUUAUGUAACCAUACCAAAUGUAACAUAUCAUACUAUUUUGAGUGUCCCGGAUUUACAUUUACUGUGUUACGUCUAGUCUAUGAGAUCAGGCUGUCCACACGACUAGGAGAGUUUUAGGCAAUGGUUGGUUUGGCUUUUAAAUGGGGUCCCAAAUUGUAGAAUAAAAGGCCUAGAAUGUGCAAUGUCCAGUAAAUUUGAUGUGGAAGACAGACAAAGAAAGAGGCCACCACAAUUUUUGUGCUAUUGUGUGUGUGCUAGAUCACAUAUUUCAAAACCUCAGCAGAGGAGAACAAUAGUAGCGCUGCUUGCACAUCAAGGUAGGUCAGAGUACGUUAAACAGGAGAUUCUCCUCGUUUGCUAAAUUAAACAUACAGAAACGUUAAACAGGAAAGUUCCUGGCAUUUUACUGAAUACAGCACCUUGGGGCAUGCCUGCUGUUAUUUGUGCUGAAAUCAGUCAGCCUAAUGUACAACACAAGAUUAAGAUUACGAUCACUUUAUUGGUAAAUUGCACACAAUGUCCAACCGAAAUUUGACUUCUGCUUUUAACCCAACACCUCUGAAAGACACACAUACAUACAGAUACAUAUACAGGUGUGUAUGUAAUGUACAACGCCAGCCUAAUGUAAAACAUAAAUCAUGUACAACAGACAUCCAACCUACAUUCCUGAGUACCUAGAUUUGUAAGAGUGUUGGCAGACAGGUUGCCUCCCCCAAUGUAAACAAUGCUCCACAUCUGAGAUUUCAAAGGCUCCAAGCUCUGGAUGUAAGAGGAACAAAUAACUGAGUUAGCCAGGGAGCUCUUGUAGUGUUUUACCUCUUGCAUACUGUAUAAGCCCCAAGAAGCUCCAUUCUAAUCAUUAGCAUGUCCAUUUCCCAUCAGUCUAUAUGUUAAAUGGUUUGAUUGUUCCUAACUUGAUCACUAACCAUCGCUGGGAGUGGUGAAAUCUUCAAAUGAAUGACUAAAUAAAACUAAUUUCACCAGUCUAAAUCUUACAAACGUAUAAAUUGGACCUGCUUACAGAAUGUAAACACGAUUCUUUCUCUAAAACCUUGUUUUCUGUCUGCUAAGAGACACUCAGGAAAUUCUACACAUAUACACCAAAUGAGUGUGGUUGUUGUUUGCUAUCACACAGUACAUGUUGUAUUGUCUUCCGCUGACAGUUGCUCUGUCUGUUAUCUUGUUGUACAGGGAACACUGUCAGUAACCUGAUUAUGAUCCUGCCUCCUAUCUACGGUGCCAUCCAGACGUAUAAAGACGGCCUAGAGUUCCGCUACGUCUACUCCUUCCUUGGACUGGCAGGUAAGUGUUCCAUAGACAAGGAGAGCCGCACACGCUAGGAGCUCAGAUGCAAUAAUUUAAUAACCAACGUUUCGACAGACAAGCUGUCUUCAUCAGGGUAUAAUUACAGGUGUCUGUAAUCAUGGCCGGUGUGGCUUGAUUUCAUUGGUUAAUUUACAGAUAUAAAUAGAACAUAUAAAAAGCAUGAAUGUAUAACAUACAAUCAUAGAUACAAUUUGGCUACAUAUGCCUACAAACAUUUACAAUUUGUAGGCCUAUGUAGCCAAAUUGUAUCUAUGAUCGUAUGUUAUCCAUUCAUGCUUUUUAUAUGUUCUAUUUAUAUCUGUAAAUUAACCAAUUAAUUCAAGCCACACCCGGCCAUGAUUACAGACACCUGUGUGUCCUUUGAAACUAUGUAAUUGUACCCUGAUGAAGACAGCUUGUCUAUCGAAACGUUGGUUGUUAAAUUAUUGCAUCUGAGCUCCUAGAGUGUGCGGCUCUCCUUUUCUUUUUCAAGUGUUCUACUCCGCUAGCCAGCACCUCGCCUAAAUACAGUGGGGAGAACAAGUAUUUGAUACACUGCCGAUUUUGCAGGUUUUCCUACUUACAAAGCAUGUAGAGGUCUGUAAUUUUUAUCAUAGGUACACUUCAACUGUGAGAGACGGAAUCUAAAACAAAAAUCCAGAAAAUCAUAUUGUAUGAUUUUUAAGUAAUUAAUUUGCCUUUUAUUGCAUGACAUAAGUAUUUGAUACAUCAGAAAAGCAGAACUUAAUAUUUGGUACAGAAACCUUUUUUUGCAAUUACAGCGAUCAUACGUUUCCUGUAGGUCUUGACCAGGUUUGCACACACUGCAGCAGGGAUUUUGGCCCACUCCUCCAUACAGACCUUCUCCAGAUCCUUCAGGUUUCGGGGCUGUCGCUGGGCAAUACGGACUUUCAGCUCCCUCCAAAUAUUUUCUAUUGGGUUCAGGUCUGGAGACUGGCUAGGCCACUCCAGGACCUUGAGAUGCUUCUUACGGAGCCACUCCUUAGUUGCCCUGGCUGUGUGUUUCGGGUCGUUGUCAUGCUUGAAGACCCAGCCACGACCCAUCUUCAAUGCUCUUACUGAGGGAAGGAGGUUGUUGGCCAAGAUCUCGCGAUACAUGGCCCCAUCCAUCCUCCCCUCAAUACGGUGCAAUCGUCCUGUCCCCUUUGAAGAAAAGCAUCUCCAAAGAAAGAUUUUUCCACCUCCAUUCUUCACGGUUGGGAUGGUGUUCUUGGGGUUGUACUCAUCCUUCUUCUUCCUCCAAACACGGCGAGUGGAGUUUAGACCAAAAAGCUCAAUUUUUGUCUCAUCAGACCACAUGACCUUCUCCCAUUCCUCCUCUGGAUCAUCCAGAUGGUCAUUGGCAAACUUCAGACGGGCCUGGACCUGCGCUGGCUUGAGCAGGGGGACCUUGCGUGCGCUGCAGGAUUUUAAUCCAUGAUGGCAUAGUGUGUUACUAAUGGUUUUCUUUGAGACUGUGGUCCCAGCUCUCUUCAGGUCAUUGACCAGGUCCUGCCGUGUAGUUCUGGGCUGAUCCCUCACCUUCCUCAUGAUCAUUGAUGCCCCACGAGGUGAGAUCUUGCAUGGAGCCCCAGACCGAGGGUGAUUGACCGUCAUCUUGAACUUCUUCCAUUUUCUAAUAAUUGUGCCAACAGUUGUUGCCUUCUCACCAAGCUGCUUCCCUAUUGUCCUGUAGCCCAUCCCAGCCUUGUGCAGAUCUAUAAUUUUAUCCCUGAUGUCCUUACACAGCUCUCUGGUCUUGGCCAUUGUGGAGAGGUUGUAGUCUGUUUGAUUGAGUGUGUGGACAGGUGUCUUUUAUACAGGUAACGAGUUCAAACAGGUGCAGUUAAUACAGGUAAUGAGUGGAGAACAGGAGGGCUUCUUAAAGAAAAACUAACAGGUCUGUGAGAGCCGGAAUUCUUACUGGUUGGUAGGUGAUCAAAUACUUAUGUCAUGCAAUAAAAUGCAAAUUAAUUACUUAAAAAUCAUACAAUGUGAUUUUCUGGAUUUUUGUUUUAGAUUCCGUCUCUCACAGUUGAAGUGUACCUAUGAUAAAAAUUACAGACCUCUACAUGCUUUGUAAGUAGAAAAACCUGCAAAAUCGGCAGUGUAUCAAAUACUUGUUCUCCCCACUGUAGGUGUGCGUUUCUUUCGCCUUCAGAUUAAAGUGUUCCAUAGACAUCUGGAUUGAUUAGCAUCAUUUACUCAUAUCUGAGUAUACAUAUAUAACCUUUAGUAUAACCUUAGUCACAAGGAUUUGGCAAAGUUAGUAUUUUUAAAGUGAGAGUUUUAUUAGACAAUGUUUGAAAUUGCAUUAUCAAGAUGCUUUCCUGUAUUUGAGAGAUGGGUUUGAAUGUCUAUGCUUCUUGCUGGUUGUUUGAUGUGAUCUCUUCUGUUCCAGCUGUUGGCAUUGGUUCCUGGUGCUUCCAUAUGACGCUGCAAUAUGAGAUGCAGGUGAGCUGACUUUUAGUAUCUAAAAAUAAAUCAUGAUUUGUCAGCAAACUGUAUGCAUCCACCAUAGAUCAUUGUGUUCUCAUAAUCACAUGGACUUUUUCAGCUGUUAAGGACAUUAAAAAUGUCACCUCAUCGUUUCCCGCAGAAUGCUCAUGAAACUGUUUUUCAACUCUCCUUAUAAGUAAGGCUUGCGCCGACCAUCCCAUUAUACAUCUCUAUCUGUGUCUCUGCUGUCUGUCCCCCACAGUUGCUGGACGAGCUGCCAAUGAUCUACAGCACCUGUGUCUUUGUCUACUGUCUGUAAGUGCCCGACAUAAUGGAUUUGCACUCCAGCUUUCACAGUGCCAUUGAGCAGCUCAGGCCCAAAGCCCACUGAAAGUAAUUUGAGGGCAGUAUACAUGUGAUCAAUGAAAAGUGAAUCCAAUCCUACAAUUGAUCUAUCCUAAGAAAACACAUCUUUCUCGUGGCUGUAGAUGACAUGUAACUGAGCUGAUGUCUAUGGAUUCAGUGCCACUUGCACUUCCUCCAUUUUAACUGGGUCAUCUUUCAUCUUGCUCUCAUCCCUCUCAAAAGCCUUAUGUCUAUAACUACAAAUAUGUUUUAUUAGAGGAAUGAGAAAUUCAUUAAUUUUUUUCUGUUGCAGAUAUGAAUGCUUCAAGCAAAAAAACACUCUGGGUUUAUUCCCUAUCACGUUGUUAUUCAUCUUCAGUGUCUCAGUCAGUGUGGUGAGUGUCUCAUAUUUCCCACAACUGUUUUGUCCCUUUUCAUUCCAUGACUAUAUGUCAAUGAUUAAUGUCACUAUCCCAAUUCUCUUUUUCCCAGGUGUACUUACAAUGGAAAGAGCCAGUCUUUCACCAGGUAAGAGAGAGUAGAUUUUCACUCUUCAGUGAGCAUGCUCUUUGUUUGCUAUUAGAGUUCACUGUUUCAUUAGUAAAUAUUGCCCCUGGCUAACUGUGGGAACAGCCGGACUAGAGGUCCUGUUAGAUCUAGUUAGAUUGCUAUUGUGGCAUGUCCGUGCAAAUGUCUCUGUUCAGGAAUCUAAUAUUUUGUAUUGACAAUGACGCACAAUACCUUUUGACUAUGGCUCAGCCUAAUCUUACAACUCCAGGUUACAGUUGUAUUAUAAACUCCUCUCUAGCAUACUGUCACAAUAGUCAGUGAGGCUGUGGAUAUUGAGAGUCUAGAGAAGCGUCUGUGUUGCUCCACAACAACAGAAACAAAGUGACAAAGCAACCUUUGUUUACACUUCAGAGCCCUCUGCUUACUAAACCCCACCACUCCAUGGUGGCACACAUUUAGCCAUAAACAUGCCCACAACAGUCAGUUUUAGAGGACAUGGAAUUGAUUGAUUGAAUUGAUUAGAUAAUUAAAAGCAGUAGGCUGCUCCAGCCGGAGACAACAUUACAUACAUAAAAAAUGAUUGAGGAUAAAAACACAUUAAAGCCCGAAGGCUUAUUUCCAUUGUGGUCCCCGGAGACAGUUAGAUGGCAGGUGGGAAUGAGCUCUAGAUCAGCAUGUCAGCAUAUUAUUUCAACGGAUUCUUAGCAAACUGAUGCAGGGAGUUGAUUUGCUGCAGUACCCAUUUAGAUACUCGAGUACACAAAAGAGCAGUCUUUAUUUGAGCAUGGAUUUAGCACAACCUGGUGGUUAGACCUUGUACAUGCUGUACGGUAGUGUUGUCUAUCAAGGUCCUUGGAGUUGAGCAGACUGGUUGAAAACGUGUGCAUUAUAUACCUCACACUUCAUUUCACCUCUGUUCUGAAAACACCAAGUUUAGGCUACUGUAAAAUAUGACCGGUCUAGAUUUGGUUGCUUUUCAACGUGUGUUCUUUGUGUCCUCACCCCUCAGGUCAUGUAUGGUGCACUUGUAGCCUGCUUGGUGAUGCGCUCUAUCUUCAUAGUUACAUGGUAAGUGGCAGUGUGGCAGCAACGUGGCCAAGUAGUUUAGGUAAUGAACUGAUAACUAAGGUCAAGAGUACAUUUAUUAUCCUUACAAUGUAUGAAUUGUAUAAUAGCCACUCACUCACUGGAUGCUGCUGGUAUCCUGAUAUUUGUGAUUCUGGAUGACAACAUUUUCAGAAACUACAGUACAAAGUAGGGCUAUGUUAUAACAAUGUUUAUACAUCUCAUCUGACUCCAUGUGUUUCCAUUGCAGGGUGUACCCCUGGCUCAAACCUAUGUGUUACAUCUCCCUAAGUGUCUUCCUGCUGGGGUUUCUGUUGUGGAACAUUGAUAAUCUGGCCUGUGACUCACUCAGGUAAAUAUACAACCAACUGACAAAUGCUGCCAACAGAAUAUGGACAUCCAUUUGUAGACAGAAUCAAAAUGUAAAAUUCUCUACUCCACACUCUCCUUUUAGAUCCACCAGACAGCGACUGCCCCCUGUUGUUGGGGCGGUGACACAGUUCCAUGCCUGGUGGCACAUCCUCACAGGCCUGGGCUCCUACCUACACAUACUCUUC